GUGAAUCCAAACUCAUUAUUCCUUAUUCUUUGGGAAAAUCCUCAAAACUGGCAGAAAUACAUUGAUCUGGUUUCAGUAUCAGCUUUGUAUCCACUGCAAACACAAGGCAAAAUGCUAAGAGCGCUGAUUUUCUUAACAUUGGCCUUGACCGCCGUUACUGCCAUCAAAAGCCCAGAUGUUGAUCCGAAAACAAUCGAUUGGUCAAUCGUCCGAACCCUGCGGGAGACAGACAAGUUCCGCGCCCGAUUCGGAUUAGCUCCGCUAAGCGAUGACGACAUCCGCCAGUCUCGUAUCUCCGGAGGAACUAUCGCCACACCAACGGACAUCCCAUGGGCUGUCGGAGUUCUGAUCCACGGAGGCACCUCGGGACACAGCUUCUGUACCGGUACCCUCAUUUCAGCGCGAUUUGUACUCACUGCUGCCAACUGUGUCCAAGGUGAAACUGACAUUGCCAUCGCGUUGAAUGCGGCAAACAUGGCGAACAUCGGAACGUUGAUCUCCGUGUCCAACGUGCUGGUCCAUCCGAACUUCAGCUGGCUGUUGGGACGUGAUGAUCUAGCCAUUCUAACUCUGAGUCGUGAUGCUCCCGUUGAUGGAACCACGAUCCGUCCGGUUCUGAUGCCACGUCGCUCGGAUGCCAGCUUGUCUUUUGUUGAUUGGUCAGCGACGACGGCCGGUUGGGGUAACACCGGAAACCGCGACAAUGAAGCCAUUCCGACGCAGUUCCUGCAGUUCGCCACGGAUUCCGUCACUUCGAACUUGAUUUGCCAGCUGUCGUACACUUGGGUCAGAAGCACCCAUAUCUGCGUGGGAACCGAUAACGGAGGAGCGUGCAAUGGCGACGAAGGUGCCCCAGUUACUGUUCGUGAAGCGAAUCGCAUUUUCCUGAUUGGACUUCACUCGUUCCACUACAGCGGAAUCCGUGGAUGCGAUCGUGGACGAUCGACUGUCAACACGCGUAUCACCGAAUAUCUCGACUGGAUCGCGCAGAACAGCGAUGUCGUGAUUCCGGCCUAAACUGUGAUAUUGUUCGAUUAGUGUGGUUAUGUUCUGAUUAAUGGGUCAAAACAUUUGUUCAAAUACAUAAAAUGCAAAAAUGAUAGUAGUACAGCUACGAUUAAAGAAUAAAAAAUCCUCAAAAAUGA